UUUUUUGGAGUACCGUUGGCUAACAAAAGUGUCUGUAAAUAUCAAUUAAAGUUAGACUAUAUUGUGCAAGAUGGCUGAUGGAACAGGAAGCCGAGGAUCACAGUCCGAUGCCAGUAAAACAGAGCUGCCGUUAGCUUUAGACCUGAAGAUGGAUUUUGGUGAGAAGAGCAAGGUUAUGGAGGUGCUGAAUAGAGCGUUUGCAGGCUCUGUAGUGGAUAAACAUGUGGCUUCAGCGGCUAUUCGGGAAUUUGAAGGACUGUUGGACGACUUAUAUAAUCGACCUCCAAAGUGGGAGAUGGUUACAAUGAGAAGGGCUGAAGUAGAAAAUAUGAGAGAAAUCAUCAAGUAUCAGGACAAGAAAAUACGGGACAUAACUGAACGGGUGAAUCAGAUGAACCGUGGAGAGACACCUAAACAUCCAUUGCUUACUGACAAAGAGAAAAUGGAUAUGACAAAAAGGUUUGAUCUAGCGGAUAAGUUCAACUCAAUAUUUGACAAUGAGUGGAAAGCCGCAUUUUCUGAACUUCAAUCAAACAUGAGAUGGAGAGAUCUGGAGUGUGUCUAUUCGCUUAUGAGAGUUGUUCGAAAUGCAUGUGAUUUGUGUAUCAACCUUGCUGAAGACCAGAUGGACAAAAUGCUGUUGAGCAUGGAGGAGAGCGUGAUAGAUCCCCUCAAUGGAAACGGAGGAAAAUUGAAAAAAAUAUUUCAGGACCACAUGGGUGUUUAUUCUGACGGCAUGAAGGUGGCAGAAAAAUAUGCACUUAAAUACAGAAUAGAAAGAGCAGAAGCAUCGGUGCCAGCAGUUAUUGAACUGUUUAUGGAUUCAAAAUUGCGGGCAAUAAUUGACCCAAGUCAACUUCGAAGAGACAUGAGGCGAUAUAUACAGAAGAUUGUAGAACUUGUUUGGCUAAUGACAACAUUAGAUCCGCCGAUGCGACUUUAUUGGCAACAACAAACGGAAAGAGUCAAUAUUGAUUUCUUUGACGUUUAUGACAGGAAAGGUGAUUUUGUGAAUCAGACUGUUUGGCCAGCGGUUUUUAUGCACAACACUGGGAAGAUAAUUUACAAAGGACAAGUUUUAGCGAUGUAAUUUGGUCAGUGGAUCUUGUAGUUAUGGAGGACAGGAUUUUAAUGGACGUAGCAUUUAGGCACUUAAAGUUGUGAUUUAGAUAUAUGUGGUCAAAAUAAAUAUGAUUGUUGUCCGCCGAACGUUUUUCUCCCAUAUUGUCCAUCUUCGAUUACUUUGUAAGUUUCAAGCUAUUUGUAAGGACAGUUUAAAUAACUUUCUUAACGUCGAAGUAGAACGGUUAUAUUCCUAAUUUUCUUUUGGUAUAUUAACUGUCUUUGUUCACAAAUGGAGCUGAAAUGUCACCCAAUACCCACAGACUGAAGAAGCAGUAUGUGACACAGACUAGUGAAAACAACAUUCUCUGUAAAAUAACUUAAAUGGAUUGGACAUCACAUAUGAUAUUUUCACAUGUGGCGUCACAAAUUAAAUCGAGGAAACAAUUUUCGCACAGGUGACACAAUCACAUCUUCUUUCGCUUCGUGUAAACAU